AUGGACUUUUCAUUUAUAUCAAAGCGGCAAUUCAUUACUACUCAGCAGAAAUUUGCCAUCUACGGCCUUCAGUUCGACGCAGCCUUACAAGCAUCAAGCCGUCCAAGACAAGGACUGCAUUUCAUCUCCUCAACUCUCGCCGAUAUGGCCUCGUUGCCGGUCGUCUCAAUCUCGACCGGUGGGAUCCAACGACGGGACAGCCAGGAUUCAAACACCUUGCCGGACAGGGUGUUGUCUGAAGCACGUGGCAUCGCCUACUACCAAACAUUCGAAUUUUGGGAUGAAGACGCGCUUUUCGUCUGGCUACGCGACAUUGGCCCGUACAACAGAUCACAUCUCUGCGGGAUUGUCUUAUAUGAACUGCGCACUUGUCCAGACACGGUUACCCACAAUAUGGUAAUGAGUCGCAUCGCUGCAAUGCUUGAUAACUCUCCGAAUCUCAAGAAAAUCGAGGUGGUCGUUAUUAGAUUCGACGGCGUGAUCGACUUCAGCAAGCGGCUCAAGCUUCACAGAGAUGGACAGCCAAAGCUGCUGGUCACUGAAGCCCGGCACAUAGCUGAAUGGGUGUUCUCAUUCUUCCGCCCCCUCCUGUGUAGUCCUUCCUUCCGCAAUGGGGAUCCUCAGCGGUUAUCUUCCUUGUUGGCGCUUGACAUGCAUGCUUAUUGGCUCUACGGGCAAAAGGCUGAUUUUCAUCGAUCGAAUUGGACAAAAGAGAUGGCGGACGAAGCAGACGCCUCAUUCUCUGAGCAUCUGGAGCUGCUGCUCGAGAGAAGUCGGAAGAAGAAUCUCCGUCGUCGCCAAAAGAAGCUUCAACGACUCGGCUGA